AUGUAUUGUGAAAGUAAAUCCGGCCGUGGAUGUCAUGAUCAACUGCCAACAUUUUUCUUUUGUAACCCGAGGUCGCUUAAUAACAAACUUAAUGAAUUAAGUGUUGUGUUGGAAUCCAAUAAUGUCGACGUCGCUGGAAUCGCCGAAUCUUGGUUCCCUGCUAACUUACCUCCUGAACUUUCGAACAUUGACGGGUAUUGUACUUUUUCCAGGCCUACAACCGAUGAACGUGGCGGUGGUGUGGCCCUGUAUGUUAAGAACAGCAUUAAAUGCAAGGUGCUUACCGACAUUUUUGUACCAGAUGACAUUGAAGCUCUAUGGGUCAGCGUGAGACCUUCCCGUCUACCCAGGUUCGUCACCAGUUUUGUGGUAGGUGUGAUUUACUAUCCGCCCAAUAGCCCUGUUGCUGAAAAACUCAUUGAUCACUUGAGCUCUACGAUUAAUAGUGUUUUGUCCAAACACCCCGGUAGUGGUAUUUGUAUAGUUGGAGAUUUCAACCACCUCGACUUGAACUGUGUUCUAUCUAGUUCAAUUAAACAAGUGGUCAACAAACCUACACGAGACAGUUCAAUUUUGGACAAAAUCCUUACCAACGUUGGUUCAAAAUAUCUGCGCCCUGUCAUUUUGCCUCCUAUUGGACUGUCGGAUCACAAUUGUGUUCUUUUUAAACCCAAAGUAACUGCUACGAAAUCUAACGUUAUAAGAAUUAAACACAUUGUGCGUCCCAUGCCUGACAGUAAGUUACGAGCAUAUGGGCAGUGGCUUGUUGAUUAUGAGUGGAUGGAAGUGUAUAACGAGAACAAUAUGCAAACUAUGUGUUCUAACUUUUACCAAACCUUGCAUGAAUCAAUUGACAAGUAUUUUCCAAAACGUGUUGUUAAGCGCCAUCCCACCGAUAAACCGUGGAUCUCAUCGCAAAUUAAAGCACUUAUUGCCAAGAGACAAAAAGCAUUCGCAAACAAUCAUGAUCACCUUUGGCGUCAACUAAGAAACAAGAUCAAUCGUCUAAUUAGAAGAGCAAAAAAUCUAUUUUAUGUUAAUAAGAUUCAGCAUCUCAAACGAUCCUCACCAAGUGAAUGGUAUAAAAAUAUACGUGUUAUGACUGGUCAAAGUUCACAGAAAGAAUUAGUAGUUCCUAAUUGCAACAAUCACAUGGAGACUGCUAACGCUGUUUGUACUCACCUUAGCAGCAUAGGGACCAAAAUUGGCCCCGUCGUCUUCUGUGCAAUGAUUAAUAAUGUCUUCCCCCCUGAAAAUGCUCCUGUUAAACAUUUCAAAUAUGUCGAUGAUCUUACAUUAAUCGAGUAUCGUAAUAUUGUUAACCAAUCUGAACUUCAAUCAUGUGCAACUGCGCUGCAUGAUUGGGCUUCAGGUAGCAAUAUGAAGCUUAACCCCAAGAAAUGUUGUACUAUGGACAUUAGUUUUAGUAAAAGGAACUUUAUUCCUUCAUCUAUUUCUCUGAAUGAUCAUGUUCUGAAAGCAGUUGACACUGUUAAAGUUCUUGGAGUUAUGCUUCAGGCUAAUCUUAAAUGGGAUUCACAUGCCGAAUAUUGUCAAAAAGGCUAA